AUGGCCGAGCGGGCCGCUGCCCAGGAUCAGGAGUGGGACAUGGAGUCCCAGCAGUGGACACCUUUCCAGCCCUCUACUGUUCCUCAACAAACUUCUGCUAAAGAGACAAAGCCAAACUCUGCAGAGAUUUCGCUGUGGACUGUUCUAGCUGCAAUUCAAGCAGUGGAAAAGAAGGUUGAUUCUCAUGCCAUGCGGUUACUGAACCUGGAGCGUAGAACAGUGACAACAGAAAAGAAAUAUUUUGACUGUGAGAAAACGGUAGUGGAUUUUGGGAACCAAAUGGAGAGUAAGUGGGCCGCGCUGGGAACUCUGAUCCAGGAGUACGGGCUGCUGCAGAGGAGGCUGGAGAACAUGGAGAACCUGCUGAAGAACAGGAACUUCUGGAUCCUGAGACUCCCCCCAGGCACUAAGGGGGAAAUCCCCAAGGUCCCGGUGGCAUUUGAAAACGACUCUGUUUACUUCUCUGAGCAAGAAUGGCAGAACUUAGACGAAUGGCAGAAAGAGCUUUACAAGAACGUGAUGAAGGGGAACUAUGAGUCUCUGAUCUCGCUGGACUAUGCACUCUCCAAACCUGACCUUCUGGCGCGGAUUGAACGAGGGGAAGCGCCCUGCGAGGGGGAGGAGGGAGACGUAGAGGAGAGCGAAAUCCCUGCAGAGCCCAGCACAGAAUCACUGGUGUAUACACCUGACGCGACCUGCCAGAGUGAAGGCGAGGAAGAGCCGUGCAUCAAGGGACAGGAGAACUCGGAGGAAAGAAAGAUCCCGGCUGAACCCCCAGUCGAGUGCGCGUUUUCCGAGCCAAGCUGUGUGUCCCGGGUAAAGCGAGAGGAGGAGCAGGGGCCCUCGGAGGAAGUGGAAAUAUUCUCAGAGCCCAGCACUGCAGAUAAUGGAAUCAUGUUCCAAACUGAGCUGCUGGAGCAUGGGGAACAUCUCAAACACUUGCAGCUGCGAAGGACAUUCUCUGGACUGUCUGAAGAAACUGUGUUCCGGACUCCCAGGGAGGGAAGGCCUUUGGAUAGUCCAGACAGCUCAAUAAUGCAGCCAAGGAACCAUGUCAAGGACAGGCCGAUAGAGUCAGUGCCCGGGGAAGAAAGCUUCAGGGAAAGCAACGCUGUGACUUUUUACCGGCGAAGCUGCCCAGGUGAGAGACCACACGUGUGUGCUGAGUGUGGGAAAGGCUUUCGGCUGAAGAAGAGCCUCACGAUGCACCAGAGAAGUCACACGAAGCUGGGAUGCUACGAACCUGCAGCGUGUGAGAAAAGCUUUGUGUACAAGCAGCACUUGACAAUGCACCAGAGAAUCCACACUGGUGGGGCCACUUACAGCUCUGUGGAGUGUGAGGAAAGCUUCAAACAGAAUCACCACCUGAAAUCCCACCCCAGAAUCCAGACAGCGGACAAGCCGUACAGUGCCACUAAAUGCACGAAAAGCUUCAACGUCAAAUCACCUUACAGGCAGCACCAGAAAAGCCACGUGCGAGAGAGACCCUAUAAGUGUAAUAAGUGCCAGGAGUGCUUCUCUCAGAAGAAAAGCCUCAUCACGCAUCAGAGAAUGCACACGGGAAGGAGUGGAGGGUCGUUAAUGUGCACGUACUGCGGGAAGAACUUCAGUCACCCCUCGGAUCUGAUUCGACACCAGAGGAUCCACACGGGGGAGAGACCCUACCAAUGCACUGAGUGCACAAAAAGCUUUACGCAAAAGCAGCAUCUGCUCCAGCACCAAAAAAUCCACACCCGCGAGAGGAACCAUUAUGCAAUUUCCCAACCUGACAUUUUAUCCUGGAUUGUACAAGAGGAAAAGCCGAGUGUCAGGAAUCCAGGAGCCUUGGAGGAGCGAGAAAUGCCUACGGACCCCGGGCCAGAUUAUGGGAUCCUGAUCAAAACUGAGCAAGAGGAACGCCCUGCCAUCCUGGAAGCACUUGGAACGUUAACAGGAACGUCCCAGGAGGACGUUGGGCAGGGUCUGGAGGAGGGUUGGUGCAGUGCAGUAUCACAACUGAAGAACCACCCCGGAAGGAGAGGACCAGCUCAGCUUGAAAGAUGUUUCAGCAACAACAAGCCAGUCGCCAUUCACCAGAGAAAGUCUGCCAAAGACAGGCCUAAUAAGUGUGCCGAGUGCGGGAAAGGCUUUAGGCUAAAGAAAAGCCUUAUCGUUCACCAGAGGAGUCACACCAGAGCAGGACCCUAUGACUAUCCAAAAUGUGCAAAGGGCCUCAGUAACAAGCAGCAGUACCUGCUGCACCAGAGAGUCCAGGCAGGAGAGGGAGCCGGCAGCUUGCCAGACCGUCAGCAAAGCGUGGCACAGAUGCUCAGUCUCCAAUCUGACCCGGCAAGAGGCAGAUGCUGUCCAAGCACGGAGUGUGAUAGCAGCUUCAGUCCGAACUCCAGCCUAAGCAAUCCUCAUCUCCUGCAGGCAGGAGAGCGGCUGUACGUGUGCACAGAGUGCAGGAAAAGCUUUCGGCUGCACAUCAACCUCCUCAUACACCAGAGAACCCACGCCGAGAAGUGCCAAGGGCCCCUUAUCUGUCCAUACUGUGAGAAAUGCUUCAGUCGCUCUUCCCACCUCAUCCGACACCAGAUGAGCCACACGGGGGAGAGACCCUAUAAAUGCCCAGCGUGCGAGAAGAGCUUCACGGAUAAAUCCAAGCUCACCAACCACUACAGGAUCCACACCGGGGAGCGGCCCUACCACUGCAAGGAGUGCGGCAAGAGCUUCAGCCGCACGCACCAUCUCCUGAAGCACCAGCAGAUCCACACGGGCGAGAAGCCGUAUCACUGCACCCAGUGCCCAAAACGCUUCUCGCAGAAGCACCAUCUCCUGGGGCACCAGCGUGUUCACACUGGGGAGCGCCCCUACCAGUGCACGGAGUGCGUCAAAAACUUCACACGGAAGCAGCACCUCCGUGAGCAUUGGCGGGUCCACUUGAGAGAGCCCCCGAGUGCUCCGAACACUUUAGACAUCAGCGGACUCUGA